AUUACAGAAACAUUAUAAAUAUGAAAUAUUCAAUUAUUACUUUCAUAACAAUAAUGGCGCUGUGUGUUGGUAUUUUAAUGCUGGGUCCCGCGUACCGCUUCCGGGAGUACAACGCGCUAGAGUCUGCGGUAUUCGCCGCUACCAAUAGAUCUAUCUGGGCAGCUCUUAAUGCUGCUUUUAUAUUAUUAUGCGAAUAUGGAACAUUACGACACUUAUGUGCAUCUCCUCCUCUGUCGGAUAGGAUACAAGAUUCGUGCGGAAUAGUCGUUAUAUCUAGUAUAGCGAGUUUGUACAUGACUCUAUUCAUAGAAUCACCUUUGAACAAUUUAGUUGGACUUGUGAUUGAAACCAAACCAUCUACACCUAAAACUAUAGAAAAAAGUGAAACAGCAGUCAAAAGUGAUUCCUUCAAAGAAAGUAUUGACGAAGUUAGAUUCGUGUCUAUGAAUGACUUACAAAAAGAUAAUAGAGAUAUAAAAAAUGGCAUAGAUAAUAACGCUUAUAUAGAUCCUAAUGAAGAAAAAAGAAAUAAAGACGUUUGGAGACAAGAUUUUUAA